UACAUCGCCUUUUUUUUUUUUUUUUUUUGUCUAUGGGCAUUCACUUUACUCUCCCUCUCUCUCACACACACACACAAAAAAAAAAAAAAACCCCUAUAAGCUCAUCUCUGCAACUACAAAUUCUCCAUUUUUUUUAAACAAUGCUGAGUUGGGUUUGAAGUUUUUACUGUAUUUCUCCAUAUUUUAAACCCCUUUUGCUUAAUUGGAUCAUAUAUCUAGGUUUGCUGGCUUAUGGUGUUUUGAGCUUAAAUUCUGUAUCAGAUUCUCCAACGAAAUCUAUGAAUUUAAAAGUACCUAAAGCGUGAACUUGAAGUCUCUUUGUGAUAUUAAAGUAGUUGUAGCACAGUUUCCUUAAAUUGCUCAUUUUGGAUCUGAGAACCAUCACUAGAUAAGUACUAACAUUUUGGGUUGCGAAUUCCUCCUAUAGGCACAUUUGCCUGAACCUUGGUGGACAGGUUUACCUGAUACCUGAGCUUGUAGGAUUUAGCUGGUUGCCUAGCUGAUUAGUCUGGCGCUAGCAAGCUAACACGGAUGACACGGUUCUCAAGACACAACAACAACAUACCCAGUGUAAUCUCACAUGUGUGGUCUGGGGAGGGUAGAGUGUAUGCAGACCUUACCCCUACUUUGUAGAGAUAGAGAGCCUGUUCCCGAUAGACUUUGAGCUUAAGUAAAGCAUUUCAGGGGGAAAAAAGGUGUAUUUGGGGGUUGACAUUGUUGUGAGCUAGUGAAAUUGUGAAGCAUGACGGGGCUUAUUGGAAGUCUCUCGAUGCUUCGCUUUCUGAUGUGGUUGUUUUGGUUGCCACAUUCCGAAAGUUCCCAGUUAACUGACUUUUCUAUGGGGGCUGCACGGGCACUAGACACACUCCUCCAAGAUUAUGCUUAUCUUGCAUUUGAUCGUCCGAGGAUUAGAACAGGUGUUAUCUAUGAUGGAAAAGUCUCAUCGAAUUUGACAGGGAUUAAGGUAUCUGCGUUGAGGCUUAGGAGCGGUAGCUUAAGGAGACGAGGAGUUAAAAUGUAUAAAGAGUUCCAACUACCCAUUGGUGUCGUCGAGCAGCCUUAUGUUGAGAGGCUUGUACUGGUCUACCAAAAUUUGGGCAACUGGUCUGCAAGAUAUUACAACUUACCCGGCUACAUCUACUUGGCUCCCGUAUUAGGUCUUCUUGCUUACGAUGCAUCAAAUCUGUCAGCUACUAAUUUGCCCGAGCUGGAUAUUAAAGUUUCUGGUCAGCCUAUUUCAAUAAGUUUUUCUGAUGUCAAGCCAUUGCCUGUUGGAUCAUCUGCAAAAUGUGUUUCAAUUGAUUUACAAGGUUCUCUGAAUUUCAGCAAAGUUUUGUCGGAUAACACGUGUACAACAUUUCAACAUGGGCAUUUCUCUAUCGUGACCGAGUCAAUUGCUCCUUCACCUGCUCCAGUGUCUCCAGCAUCUGUAAUUCAUCAUAAGGGAAAGAAGAACAAGUCGAAAGUCUGGAUAAUUGUUGGUUCGGUAGCAGGAGGACUAGUGUUGAUGUUUCUUUUAGGUCUUCUGAUAGCGUGUGCGAGCAAGUACAAGCGUAGAAAGAAAAUGCAAGAAAUGGAGAGGGCUGCAGAGGUUGGAGAAGCAUUACAAAUGACUAACGUUGGGAGCACAAAAGCACCUGCUGCUACUGUUACGCGAACGCAACCUACACUAGAAACCGAGUACAGGCCAUAACUGAUCCCUCUGCACAAAUUCAUGUUUCUUUUGUUGCUGUUAGAUAUUCUUCCAACCACACACCCUUUUUCUUGGUGUUGCUUUAUUCAAUUCUUUAGUAGGCUUAUGAUAGCAGUGUGAGUGGUAACAUGGUUAUUGUGCACAUAAUAAUCUCUAAGCUUUCACAUUUGUAAUGAUCUGUUAUGUUGUGCAUUUAUUCUUUUAGCAUAUGGUAGAGUUCAUUGUGAUGAAAGUUUGUAAGAUUCAUUGACAAUAAGUAAAAUAUUUUGAUGGUA